AUGCCCAACCUCCCCAAAAUUCCAAUCUACGUCUCCAUCCUCGGCCUCUGGUCCUCAAUGGGCCAAGACGAGAUCUACGAGCGCUGGUUCCGCACUCCACUAGAAAAGCAUGGGGCCGUGCUAGUCUGGUUCGGCGGACGAUGGAGCGUGCUCGUCUCACGACCGGAUUGGUUAACGGAUUUGUUCCGGAAUGAGGAUGUAUAUGCCAAAGCUGGGAGCCAGGUGAAGAUUCCGCAUGCUGUUAUUGCGACGCUGGUGGGGGAUAAUAUUAUCAAUUCGCAUGGGGCGAAUUGGAGGCUUUAUACGGGGAUUAUGAAGGCGGGAUUGCAGAAGAAGGUUUUUGAGACGGGGUCUUUGUUGAGGCAGUCGAGGAAGUUGGUGGAUGUUUUGAUUCAGUUGCAGAGGGAGGAUAAGGGGGAGAGGGGGGUUUUGGUUAAUUCGGAGGUGCAGAAGUGGGCUAUUGAUGUUAUGGGGGAGAAUUUUUUGGAUUUGGAGUUGAAGAGCCUCGGCCAACCAGACAACCACGUCCGCAUCGAAGCCCUCCAAUCCAUCAUCAAAGCAACUCUCUUCAAACCCAUGUACUUCAGCUUCCCAGACCUCGACCACUUCCCCUGGCUGCUACCAUCCCGCAAACGCGCAUACGCGAUAAUGAAAGAGUUCGACGACAUCCUGUACGACAAGAUAAUGUCCAUGCUCGAGCGACGCAGCAAAGCCACAGACCAACCCAAAAGCGAAGAAAUGGUCUCGCACAUGCUAGGCGAAGCGUACAAGGCCGGCCGGAUCAACGAGAAACAAUUCCGCGAUAACAUGAAGAUAACAUUCCUAACAGCGCACGAGAACGCCCAGCAGCUCGUCAACUCGAUGUUCUGGCAGCUGGGCGUGAGAGUAGAUAUCCAGCAGCGGCUGCGGGAUGAGAUCCUUGCAACGGCACGGGUCCACCCGGACCCAGGCCAGGAAGUCAUCAACAGUUUGCCGUAUCUGACGGCCGUGGUGUUGGAAUUGCUUCGGCUGUUUCCGCCUGUCAGUCAGCUUAUCAACCGCGUUGCGAUGCGGCCGGCUGUUCUGGGUGGGCAGCUUCCUAUUGCGAAGGGUACGUUUGUGGGGUGGAAUGCGUGGGCGGUGCAUAGUAACCCGCAGGUGUGGGGUGAGGAUGCGCGUGAGUUCCGGCCUGAGCGAUGGGGCGAGAGCGUUGAGGAGAUGCAGGCCAAGUUUCGGAGGGAGACGGUGCGUGGCACGUAUAUCCCGUUCAAUGCGCAUAAGCGGAAGUGUCUUGGACAGGGGUUUGCGUUGUUGCAGGUGAAGAUUUUGUUGUUUGUUUUGCUGGGGAAGGUGAGUUGGGUAGUUGAUCCUGAGUAUCGGUUGAAGAUGACGCCGGGUGGAAUUCUGGCGCCUUUAGGUUGUCGAGUGAUAUUGACCGAGUUGGAGGCGUGA